GCUCGUGCGACGCGCUUGCCUCUGAGCUCACUUCCGGAGGAGGCGGAGGCGGCGGCCAAAACAAUGCCUGAAUGGCGGCGUGAGGGGAGAAGGGAAAUGAAGACCCCAUGAAGUCACCUCUGGCAUGAGAAGAAAACACCACUAUCUAGUGGAGUUUGGAAACCAAAGUGCAAUAAUGAAAGAAAUCCCAUCGGAAGAAGAAACCCUCUCGAGGUGCUGAUUUUGUGGAACUCACUUUGGAUCAGAAAGAAAAAGGGAAGACUCAAGUGUUCAGAUUGCAAUAAUUCUAUACAUAACUGUCAACAUGGAGAAGAAACCCCAUACAUGUCUUGAGUGUGGAAAGAGCUUCACUCAGGGUGGAAGUCUACGCUCACAUCAAAGGAUUCACAGUGGGGAGAAACCCUAUAAAUGCCAGGAAUGUGGACAGAGCUUUACUGAGAGUGGACACUUACGUAAACAUCAAAGGACUCACACUGGGGAGAAACCCUAUAAAUGCCCAGAGUGCGGAAUGUGCUUCAGUCAUACUUCCACUCUGUAUAAUCAUCAAAGGAUUCACACUGGAGAGAAACCCUUUAAAUGCCCAGAGUGCGGAAUGAGCUUCACUCAUAGUUCAGGUCUGUAUAAUCACCAAUCGAUUCAUGCUGGAGAGAAACCCUAUAUUUGCCUGGAGUGUGGACACUGUUUCGCUAAGAGUACAAGUCUACUUUUGCAUCAAAGGACUCACACUGGGGACAAACCCUUUAAAUGCCUAGAAUGUGGACAGAGCUUUACUAGGAGUGGAAAUCUACGUUCACAUAAAAGGACUCACACUGGAGAGAAACCCUAUAUAUGCCUGGAAUGUGGACAGAGCUUCACUGGGAGUGGAGAUCUAAAGAGACACCAGAGGACUCACACUGGGGAGAAACCCUAUAAAUGCCUGGCGUGUGGACAGAGCUUCGCUCAGAUUGGAAGUCUACGUAAACAUCAAAGAACUCACACUGGAGAGAAACCCUAUAAAUGCCAGGAGUGUGGACAGAGCUUCGCUCAGAUUUCAACUCUACGUUCACAUCAAAGGACUCACACUGGGGAGAAACCCUUUGAAUGCCUGGAGUGUGGACAGAGCUUCACUCAGACUGCAAAACUACGUAGACAUCAAUGGACUCACGUUGGGGAGAAACCCUAUAAAUGCCUGGAAUGCGGACAGGGCUUCACUGAGAGUGGAGAUCUACAGAGACAUCAGAAGACUCACACUGGGGAGAAACCCUAUACAUGUCUGGAAUGCGGACAAAGCUUCACAGGGAGUGGAGAUCUAAAGAGACAUCAGAGGACACACACUGGGGAGAAACCCUAUAAAUGCCCAGAGUGUGAAAAGAGCUUUGCUCAGAUUGGAAAUUUACGUAAACAUCAAAGAACUCACACUGGGGAGAAACCCUAUAAAUGCCUAGAGUGUGGACAGAGCUUCGCUCAAGUUUCAACUCUACGUUCACAUGAAAGGACUCACACUGGGGAGAAACCCUAUAAAUGCCUGGAGUGUGGACAGAGCUUCAGUAAGAAAGGAUCUCUACAUUCACAUCAAAUGACUCACACUGGGGAGAAACCCUUUGAAUGCCUGGAGUGUGGAAAGAGCUUCACUGUGACUGCAAAACUACGUAGACAUCAAAGGACUCACACUGGGGAGAGACCCUAUAAAUGCCUGCAGUGCGGACAGAGUUUCACUGAGAGUGGAGAUCUACUGAGUCAUCAGAGGACUCACACUGGGGAGAAACCCUAUAAAUGCCCAGAGUGUGGACAGAGUUUCAUUGGGAGUGGAGAUCUAAAGAAACAUCAGAGGACUCACACUGGGGAGAAACCCUAUAAAUGCCCAGAGUGUGGACAGACCUUCGCUCAGAUUGGAAAUCUACAUAGACAUCAAAGAACUCACACCGUGGAGAAACCCUAUAAAUUCCAGGAGUGUGGAGAGAGCUUUGCUCAUAGUGGAAAUCUACAUUCACAUGAAAGGACUCACACUGGAGCAAAACCCUAUUCAUGCCCUUAGUGGGGAGAGAGCUUCACUCAAAAACCCAAUCUACAUAUACAUCAAAGGAUGCAAAUUGGGGGAAACCUUAUAAAUGCCUGCAGUGUAGAAAGACUACAGUUCUAGUGCAAAUCUAUGUUCACACCACAGGAUUCACACUGAGGAGAAACACUAUAAAUGCCAAGAGUGUGGACAGAGCUUUGCUCAAAUUGGAAAUCUAUGUUCACAUCAAAGGACCCACACUGGGGAGAAACCCUAUAAAUGCCAGGAAUGCGGACAGGGCUUCACUCGGAGUGGAGAUCUAAAGAGACAUCAAAGGACUCACACUGGGGAUAAAGCCUAUAAAUUCCUGGAGUGAUGACAAAGCUCCAGUGAAAGUAGAAGUCUAUAUUCACACCACAGGAAUCACACUGGGGAGAAACCUCUACAUGCACGGAAGGAAUAUGUUUCUUAAUGCUGGAUGGUCUUCUAGAAAGAAAAUUCAAAAGAUUGCGAAAAUAUGUGAUACUUGCAGCAAGAAUGCUAUAUCCUCAGAGAUGGAAGGAAGAAGUUGUCCCAAGUCAAGUGAACUGGCUGAUGAAGAUCUGCAAAGUGACAGAUACCAAGGAACUCAUGCUGUUGAUUUAGGAGAAAAAAUUGGUCAUUGUCAAGAAACAGUGGGAUUUUAAAUUCACUCUUUCCUGACAAGAUGAGACCUC